CGCGGCCACCGUAAACCAACCAACGUCACCCCUCCCACGACAAAAAAACCAAGCAAGAGGAUAGGAGACCUCAGCAGCGAUCAUGGCCGAACAACAAUCCCACGAGAAGAAGGCAAACAUGCUCUGGGGAGGCCGAUUCACGGGCGGCCUCGACCCGCUCAUGGUGGCAUAUAACGAGAGCAUCUACUUCGACAAGAACAUGUACCGCCAAGACAUCCUCGGUAGCAUAGCCUUCGCCCGCGCCAACUGCAAAGCUGGCGUCAUCAGCCAAGACGAGUUCUCCAAGAUUGAAGUUGGCCUGCGCGAGGUGGAAAAGGAGUGGGAGGCCGGUACCUUCAAGAUCGUGCCUGGGGCAGACGAGGACAUCCACACGGCCAACGAGCGGCGGCUAGGCGAGAUCAUUGGCAAGGACGUGGCCGGCAAGCUGCACACGGGUCGGUCGCGCAACGAGCAGGUGGUGACUGACAUGCGCAUGUGGCUGCGCGACGAGCUGCGCAAGAUCGAGCAGCACCUCGUCAGCUUCCUGACCGUGACGGCGGCCCGGGCCGAGCGCGAGCUGGACCUCGUCAUGCCCGGAUACACGCACCUGCAGCGGGCCCAGCCCAUCCGCUGGAGCCACUGGAUGCUUUCCUACGGGCUCGUCUUCGCCUCGGACCUGGAGCGCCUGCGCGAGGUGAUCAAGCGGGUCAACCGCUCGCCGCUCGGCUGUGGCGCUCUCGCCGGCAACCCCUUCGGCAUCGACCGCGAGAUGAUGGCCAAGGAGCUCGGGUUCGACGGCCUCAUGUGGAACUCGAUGGGCGCCGUGGCCGACCGCGACUUUGUGGCUGAGACGCUGCAGUGGGGAGCCAUGUUCAUGCAGCACAUCAGCCGCUGGGCCGAGGACCUGAUCAUCUACUCGACGGCCGAGUUCGGCUUCGUGCGCCUGGCUGACGCCUACUCGACGGGCAGCAGCCUGAUGCCGCAGAAGAAGAACCCCGACAGCCUGGAACUGCUGCGCGGCAAGAGCGGGCGGGCGUUUGGGCACAUGGCCGGCUUCAUGAUGGUGCAGAAAGGCCUGCCGAGCACGUACAACAAGGACCUGCAGGAGAGCAUCGAGCCCAUGCUGGACCACGUGCGCACUGUCUCUGACAGCAUCCAGAUCGCCGAGGGCGUGCUCGCGACGCUCGAGGCGCGCGGCGACCGCAUGCGUGCGGCGCUGGACCCCUUCAUGCUGGCCACCGACGUGGCCGACUACCUGGUGCGCAAGGGCGUGCCGUUCCGCGAGACGCACCACAUCUCGGGCCGCUGCGUAGCGCUGUCAGAGCAGACCAACACGCCCAUGGACAAGCUCACAUACGAGCAGCUGCGCCAGAUCGACGCCCGCUUCGAGCCAGACAUUGCCGAGUCCUUCGACUACGACCGCAGCGUCGAGAUGCGCACGGCCAAGGGUGGCACAAGCAAGGAAACGGUGCUCGAGCAGGUCAAGGUGCUGAGGGGCAUGCUGGAGUGAAGGGUUUGUUUUGAAUUUGCGAUUAGAGGCAUAUGAGCUCAAUACAAGUAGCAAAAAGAAAGCCGUCUGUUUUAGGCUGUUGUUUCAAGCCAAUGCCCAUGGAUAAAUCAUGGUCGAGUUGGGGAAAGAAUGGUGUAAGUGCAAUUCUCAGCACAUGUGGACCUUCCCA